ACAUAACCUCACUUGUAUAUAAAAAAUUUUUGUUUUCAAGAAAAUUUAGUUUAAUAAGUAAUUAAUAUAUGUCCAUUAUUAAGAUUUUUAAAAUCGACGACCCUGGUCGUAUUUAACAGUUCUAGUAUGUUAUUCAAUGGACAUUUUAAAAAUAUAAAAAAUAUUGGUAGGGCAUAUUGUACAAAUCCAAAAAAGUAUGCAGUAUUAUUACCAAAGACAACAUUUCCUUUAAAAUUGACUGGUAAGAAGCUCAUAGAACGUGAUGAAAAUGUAUACAGUAGCGCCGAAUUUGAAAGACUGUACAUUUGGCAAAGGGGACAUUUAUCAGAACCAGAAUUUGUGUUACAUGAUGGCCCACCCUAUGCAAAUGGUCGACCUCAUAUGGGACACGCUAUCAACAAAAUUUUAAAAGAUACAAUUUUACGCAAUGAGAUUUUAAAAGGUAAUAAAGUACACUACAUUCCAGGUUGGGAUUGCCAUGGAUUGCCCAUUGAGUUAAAAGCUUUAAGUAAUACAAAAGAGAAAGAUCCUAUUGAAAUUAGAAAGAGAGCAAGAAAUUUUGCUAAGGAAGCAAUUGAGGAGCAGAAGAAAAUAUUUAUGUCGUGGGGAGUUAUUGGGGAUUGGAAACAUUCUUAUACUACAUUUUCAAAAGACUAUAUGAAAUUGCAGCUCAGACAGUUUUUUAAAUUAUACAAGAAAAAUUUGGUCUAUAGAGACAUUAAGCCAGUUCAUUGGUCACCAUCAUCACAAACUGCUUUGGCAGAAGCUGAGUUGGAGUAUAAUGAGAAACACAAGAGUCUUAGUGCAUAUGUUCAGUUAAAAAUUAAAAGUGUGCCAAAAAUUUCUUCUUUAGCAGAUAAAGAUGUUUAUGCAAUAAUUUGGACUACAACUCCAUGGACAUUGCCCUCAAACCAAGCUGUGUGUUUUAAUAAGGAAUUUUCUUACUCGAUUCUCAAAAAUCCUGACACUAAUGAGAUCUAUAUAGUUUCUACAGAUCUUGUUGAAGAUGUUUCAAAGAUUCUAAAUAUAAAUUUUGAAGCAGUUCAGAUUGUGCCAGGAAAUGCUUUAGAUGAUAUUGUUUAUGAACAUCCUGUGUAUAAAAAUAAAGUGUAUAAUUUUCUUCCAUCAACACAUGUUACCAAUGCUAAAGGCACAGGUUUAGUACAUUUAGCAGGAGCACAUGGUCCAGACGAUUUUCUAGUGUGUCUUAAGAAUAAAAUGCAGAUAGUAGAUCUGGUAGAUGAUAGAGGUUGUUACACAAGUGAAGCAGGACCUUCACUUCAAGGAAAGAAGUGUUUGACAGAUGGGAACAAUGCUGUUUUAGAAAUAUUAGGUAAAAAUUUACUGCAUAAGGAAAUGCUAACUCACAGUUAUCCAUAUGAUUGGAGAACAAAGAAGCCUGUGAUUAUUAAAGCUAGUAAGCAAUGGUUUAUUAAUACACAAGCAAUUAAAUCCAGGGCUGUUGAACUUUUAGAAGAUGUGAAUAUACUUCCACAUGAUAGGAGUGAAAUAUACAAAACAAAUUUGAUCAAACAAAUUGAAAAGAGGCCUUAUUGGUGCAUUUCCAGACAACGAAAAUGGGGAGUCCCAAUUCCAGUUUUAUACAAUAAAACUACUUCAGAAACAAUCAUAAAUGAGAACACUAUAAGCCAUCAUUGCAGAUUAAUUGAUGAAAAAGGAACUGACUUUUGGUGGAAAUUAAAUGGACAAGAACUCCUGCCUGAAAAUACAUGUUCAAAAUCAGAUGAUAUUGAAAAAUGUGAAGACAUAAUGGAUAUCUGGUUGGAUAGUGGUCUCUCCUGGAGUAAGGUUUUAGAAGGUCCAAAAGUAGCGGAUAUGUAUCUUGAAGGUGUAGAUCAGUUUACAGGAUGGUUCCAAUCAUCCCUGCUUACUUCUGUAGCACUUAGAGACAAGGCUCCAUAUAAAACAAUUUAUGUGCAUGGUUUUGCAGUUGAUGAAAAUGGCAUAAAAAUGUCUAAAUCUAUAGGUAAUGUUGUAGACCCUGAGGAAAUUAUGAAAGGUAAAAAGGGAAAGAAUGUCUAUGGAGUUGAUACAUUAAGGUGGUGGGUUGCUUGUCAUGCUAAUCAACAGGCUUUAGCCAAUGUGAGUACUAAUGUGCUAGAAUCAAGUGCUGAAGAAGUGCAAAAAAUCAGAAGUGUACUAAGAUUCGCACUUGGAUGUUUAAGUGACUAUGAAAAUAAAGACUUGAAUAAAUCUCGCCUAUUGUUGAUUGACAGAUAUAUGUUACAUUUAUUAUAUGAGUUUCACAAUAAAGUCACCCAACAUAUGCAAAACUUCCAGUAUCACAAAGUGUCAAUUGCUGUUAUCAAUUUAUUAACAAACUCUGUAUCUGCAUUAUAUUACAACUCUAUAAAAGACAGACUUUACUGUGAUAUACAAACUAGUACUGAAAGAAGAGCAGCUCAAUUCACAUUAUUCCAAAUUUUUGAAAUCAUAGCACAGUCAGUAGCCCCUAUGUUGCCACAUUUAGUUGAAGAAUUAUACUUUCACUUUACCCAGAAAGAAAACAAAACUUUCUUUACCAGUAAGCAUUCACAACCCACUGAAGAUUGGAAUAAUAGUCAAAUUGAAAAGUUAUUUGAAGUUAUCUUGGGAUGCAAAAGAGAAGUAAAUAAAGAAGCUGGAGCAAACACUAUCAAUAAAGUUGUAGAUAUUAUAUUUUCAAAAGAUGUCUACAAAAACAUUAUUAAACCAUUAACUAGCCUGGAGGAAUUAGAAAAACAAUUAGUAGACAUACUUCAAGUAUCUCAUGUAAAUAUUAUUGAAAGUGACCUUAUUGAACCUUAUAAAAUAUCUGUGAGUGAGAGUAAAAAGUGCAGUUGUCCUAGAUGUAGAAAAGUUAAUUCAGAAAAGGAAAAUGAAUUGUGUAUGAGGUGUUAUGAAGUGUGUAAUUCUAUAAAUAGUCAAACAGCUGUUUUUACUAAUUAAAACUGUAUAUAAUAAAUAUUUUUAAAAAA